CUGUAAUUUGACAACAGACCGAUAGCAAAUGUUGCUCGUUUUAACCAUUUGUAGUUUAAACGUGAUACACUUAGUUAUACAUAAAUCCUUUUUUAAUUUACAAAAAGUGAAAAGUGCAGUUUCCAGUAAUUCUAUUCUUUGAAUGCGAAAACUUUUCCCUUGUAUUUUACUUUGUGAUUUCAACCAUCGAAGCAUCUUCAGUUGCAUAAAACUGCGCCGCCAUUUUUAGCUUAUGAAUUACUUGUUAGCACCAUGGUAUAUUAAAAAGUAGGAAAUAAAUUAGACUCUGGUUAAAUUACUGGAUCUCAAAUCGACAACAGAUGGUCUUUGCAGAUAAAACAUUAUAAAAAUACAGUCUCAAUAUUGAUUCAACAGUCAGUAAAAAAAACGGAUAUAUUGCAAAAAAUGUAUGUACCGAACUUGAACUUUUGCAGAAGCCAAAAACUCGACCUUAACAUUUUGAGAAAAUUCGCCCCUAUCCAUUAUAGUUUCUCUACUUCGUAGAUUCAUUUCAAGGUUUCAAUUUUACUCCUGAUAAAUUAUUGGCUGUAUCGUCAGUUAAAUUUCAAAAUUAAAAGGUGUUUUUAUUUUCAAAUGUUAUAAUUGAUUUUCAGAAGUUCGCGCUUUUCUGACUGCUUAAUGCGCUUUUAGUCCUUAAGUUACGUCAGCAGAAAUAACAAAAAUUAAUUCCAUCCUUCCCAUCCUUCCCAACUCAAACUGAGCGUCACAAAUUUUCAAUCACCAUUUACCUUUUCUCUCGCCCACUAAUUGGAGUUUAUCUUCAAAAACUUAUAUCAGGAAUAUUCAAAGAAACUUGUUUCGGUAUUUGUUAGUACAACUAUUCGUUGAAACAUCAUAGUGUUGCAGAAAAUGAAACUAUUUACUGGUAAAAAGUAAGUUAAUGUCAACUAAAAUGUCAGUUAAGCCUCCUCUGAGAAGAGCUUCGUCCUCAAACGCCCCUUCGGAAAACAACACUAUGACUUCGUCAUCGCAUCUUCAUAAAAUGAACUCUCUCCAAAACCCAGGCCCAUCUGACGACCCAGAUCACGAUUACCUUCUGGACCAAUCAUCUCUCACUUUCACAGAAGAUUACUCCGCCUCUAGUUUUUUAUCCAGUUCCUUACGAGCGGACGGAGGAACUCUAGAAACGUUGACUCCAAGUCGGAACCGUUUGACAGAACCUGAUUUGAUGACAUACCACAAAAAGUCAUAUCACAAAUGCAAUGCAGAAAACCGAGACCCGAGAUGUGUGUGCAGUGCCAAGCUGGGUCUCGACUUCCCAAACCUGCCGGAUGAUGUUUUCCACGACUCCAAUCCAGCCACAGACUCCGAAACAGUUCACGGCGACAGAAUUUCUUUAAAUGCAAAUAUUUCACCAGAAAAUAGUCUGAACCGCAGUCUUAAUUUAUCCGGCGACCAGAACCAAACUUUGAAAUUUACCUUGACCCUGGACCUCCCCACAACUCCUGAUGAACCAAUUUUUCCAAAACAUCCAGAAGACGCCGCUUCGAGCCUCGAACACGACGGGUCACGUCGGUCAAGUAUAACUUCGGUCUCCUCUGAGCCUAAGGACGCAAUCGGAACGCAAUUUGGAGGCGCCGCCGACAGCGGAGUCGGAAGCUCGCGUUCGGGUAAAUUCGAAAGUGCCGAGUAUCACGACGGCACUGCGUUGACUUCUAUUUUACCGACGACUCCUCGUGAGCUGUCAGGUGACGUUUUCUCGCCUCUAUUUUCCCCUAAAAGCAGCUGCGACUCCGACCCCGAGGAAUCAAACAGUCAUCAUUGGGCUUAUAAGCCAAAGAGGCGAACUCUAUCCGACUCUGAAAGUUCUUGGAGUUCAAGCUUCAGCUCAAACGGGUACCUGAACGAACUGGUAGCCGAAUGCGAACGAUUCAUGAAAGUGUUUGUGACGAAAAUAUUCAGCCCCGAGUGA